CUCACUAGGUCCUCUGCUCUGGUGGGUAGAAGAAAGCCACUCCUGUUUCAGGAAGGAAGGUGUCGUACAGAAAGAAGGGAGUCCCCUCACCAUGUGGCUGUGCCUGGCAGCCCUCGUGGGCCUCUACUUCCUCCUGCGCUGGUACCGGGAGAGGCAGGUGGUGAGCCACCUCCAAGACAAGUACGUCUUCAUCACGGGCUGUGACUCGGGCUUCGGGAACCUGCUGGCUCGGCAGCUGGACCUGCGAGGGUUGAUGGUGCUGGCCGCGUGUCUGACGGAGGAGGGGGCCCAGCAGCUGAGAGACCAGACGUCAGACAGGCUGGAGACAGUGAUCCUGGACGUCACCAAGACAGAGAGCAUAUCGGCAGCCACCCAGUGGGUGAGGGAGCGUGUCAGGGACAGAGGACUCUGGGGCCUGGUCAACAAUGCAGGCAUCUUCCACCCACACUGCUACAUCGAGUGGCUGAAGAUGGAAACCUAUAUGGAUGUCUUCAAAGUGAACCUCAUUGGUUUGAUUGAGUUGACCUUGAGCAUGCUUCCCUUGGUGAGGAGAGCACGUGGGAGGAUUGUUAAUGUCUCCAGCAUUCUGGGAAGAAUUGCUUCCUUUGGAGGAAUCUACUGUAGCUCCAAGUAUGGAGUAGAAGCCUUUUCAGAUAUUCUGAGGCGUGAGCUUCAACAUUUUGGGGUGAAAAUUAGCAUAGAUGAGCCUGGCUACUUCAGAACCGGAAUGACAGAGUUGCAGCGAUGCCUGGAGAAACUCAAGCAAGCCUGGGAAGAAGUCCUUGAACAUGUUAAAGAAGCCUAUGGACAGAAGUUUUUUGAUGCCCAUUACAGUGGCGUCAAACAAGAGCUGUUGAAAUGUAGCACAAACCUGAACCUGGUCACUGACUGCAUGGAACAUGCUUUGACGUCUGUGUAUCCCCGCACUCGAUACUCAGCUGGUUGGGAUUCUCAGUUUUUUUUCAUUCCUCUCUCCUAUUUACCUACAUCACUGUCAGACUACAUACUGACUAGGUCUUGGCCCAAACCAGCCCAGGCCGUCUAAAGAAAACUGGUUUGAUUGCUCUCGAAGAAGACGAAAGUCCGAAAUUGAUAAUUAGUGUCUCAGUAAUCCUUAUUAGGAACUAACAUGUUUAUAGUCCAGAUAUCCAAAGCUUAUUCCUUGAGGAAUUUUUACUAUUUUAAGAAUUUUUUGAUGAGAAUAUUUCCAAAAUACAUCAUUCUUCUUUGCCUGUUAAACAGAGUAAACAGAAAAUAAUUCAACUUGUUUUGAUAUUAUUUCUUUAUGUAAAUGAAUAGUUCUGGGCUAUGAUAACACUGUUGCUUGAGGACUAUUUAGAAAUAUAUGGACUUCUUUAUCUUUAUUUGUAC